UCGCAAUUGAUUUUCUUGAAGUAUAUUUUGUUUUGUCUAUUUGGAAGAUCGGAUCAGUUAAAUGUCUGGCACUUCUAGUAAAAUCUGUUCAGUAAUAUGAUCUGGUUAUAAUAAGGUCGUCUCGAACGCUAGAGAGCGUUCUUCAAGCAAUCCAACAUUAAUCGGCUUUCUCAAGGAUGAUGUCUUCUUCAACUUCAACACAGCCUAGUGCCCCUUCUUCGUCACAGCCAAGUGCCCCAUCUUCGUCACAGCCUAGUGUCCCUUCGUCAGCUCAGCCAAGUGCCCCUUCUUCGUCAGCGCCUGGUGCCCCUUCUUCGUCACAGUCUAGUGUCCCUUCGUCAGCUCAGCCAAGUGCCCCUUCUUCGUCACAGCCAAGUGCCCCAUCUUCGUCACAGCCUAGUGUCCUUUCGUCAGCUCAGCCAAAUGCCCCUUCUUCGUCAGAGCCAAGUGCCCCAUCUUCGUCACAGCCUAGUGUCCCUUCGUCAGCUCAGCCAAGUGCCCCUUCUUCGUCACAGCCUAGUGUCCCUUCGUCAGCUCAGCCAUGUGCCCCUUCGUCACAACUUAGUGCCCCUUCUUCAUCACAGCCCAGUGCCCCUUCUUCACCUCAGCCAAGUGCCCCUUCGUCACAGCCCAGUGCCCCUUCUUCGUUACAGCCAAGUGCCCCUUCAUCACAGCCAAGUUCCCCUUCUUCAUCGCAGCCAAGUGCCCCUUCUUCAUCGCAGCCAAGUGCCCCUUCUGCAAGGCACUUAUCAGAACAGGAUAAGAAAGAUUGCAAACAGUACUUGCCACUGUAUAUAGCUAUACUUGAAGGCAACCUGAAAUAUGUAAAAACGCUCUGUGAUGACGAUAGACAUGCUUUAGAGGCUAGGAUUACGGCCAACUUGGACACGGCUCUCCAUGUAGCUGUUGGAACCGGCACUGCGAAUCAUAUUGUGAAGUACUUAUUGAAUGAGAUGUCGAUAAGUGAAGUGGCACUGAAAAAUAAUGAUGGAAAUACGGUCCUUUCGGUUGCCGCCAUCGUUGGAAAUUGCCCUGCUGCCAAUAUGAUAUUGAUGGAAGAAGAACAUCGACCCUUGACUGAUGUUACUAACAACCUUCUCUGGAUUCCUUUAAUUGAGGCUGCUCGGCAUGGCCAAAAAAGGAUGAUUGAAUUUUUGUGGCAAUUCGCCCAAAAUUAUUUGAUGCGUGUUGCUGAGCCAAGAUUCGAAGAAGAUGGUGGCGUUUUGUUCUUAAAUUUACUCAUAAUGUCUGGAUUUUAUGACUUGGCGCUACGAUUGCUUAAGGACCAUGAGAAAUUAGCGACAAUGGAGUCAUCUAGUGUAGAGUCUCCUUUGACUGUAUUAGCACGAAAGGCGUCUGCAUUUCCAAGUGCAAGAUCAAGAGAGUUAAAGUCAGCAAAUCCUUCUGCAGUCCCAGAUGGAAGACGAAGGAAGCGGAAGUGCCUUGAUGUUUCUAAGUUGUUUACAGCUCAACGCUAUUCCAACGAAACACGAGAGACAAAGCAAAUGCAUGAGACAGUACUAAAACUUGUCCAACUGUUGUGCAAGGAAAUCAUAAAUAAUCUGGAUUUUGAAACAGCGUCUUCAAGGUUCGAACCCGCGCUCCUUAUAGCAGCAGAAUUGGGGGUUUAUGAAGUCGUGGAAGAGAUUAUAAAAUCAUUUCCUAAUGCAAUCUGGUUUACAAAUGAAAAAAAUUAUAGUGUAUUUCACUUGGCAGUUUUGCACCGUCAAGAGAAGGUAUUCAACUUCAUAUUUCAAAUGAGUGGUCACAAAAAUUUGCUGUUGAUGUCUGAAGACACUGAUGGGAAUAACAUAUUACACCUAGCUGGAAAAUCGGCUCCCAAGCAUCAACUCAGUUUCAUCCCUGGUGCAGCUUUACAAAUGCAGCGUGAGUUACAGUGGUUCAAGGAAGUAGAAAAAAUUGUACCGCCUAAAUUUAAGGAGGAUAAAAAUUCAAAUAAAAAAACUCCGUCAAUGAUAUUUACCGAAGAACAUGAGAACCUGGUUAAACAAGGUGAGAAAUGGAUGAAAGGUGCAGCAAGGUCGUGCUCACUAGUAGCGGCUCUUAUUGCCACUGUAGUAUUUGCAGCAUCAAUCACAGUGCCAGGUGAUUACGACGGUAAUGGCCAACCAAAAUUUUUUAGACAGAUUGCCUUCACAAUCUUUUGCAUUGCAGAUGCACUCUCUCUGUUCUCAUCAAUUGCUGCCAUCAUAAUGUGCUUGUCGAUCCUCACUGCACGAUAUGCAGAGGAUGAUUUUCAUAAAUCUUUGCCUCGAAGGUUAAUAUUGGGUCUUCUUAUGUUAUUCCUCUCUAUUACAUCGCUGAUGAUAGCGUUUGGUGCCACUGUUUAUCUGGUUUUUAUCGACAAAAAGGCGUAUUGGGUACUUGGUUUAGUGGGUGCAUCAGCUUGUUUGCCUGUGUACUUGUUUGGGACUUCACAAUAUCCCCUUUUACGGGACUUGAUUGUUUCCACAUAUGGCUCAGGCAUCUUUCGGAAGCAGAGCGAAAGUAUCCUCCACUAAUGCUGGGAUGAUUUAGAUGAAAUAAAGCUGAAAUCAUUCUCUGCUACUGUUAUGUCGUGAAAGAGUUGAACUACUGCUGUUCUGUUGACAUUUCUAAUUGUGUAUAUCGCAAAAAUUUACGUAAUUAUUAUUUUAUGUCAAAUCUACCUUGUUCAAAUCUAUGAAAGUGGUUACAUCUA